AUGAUGUUGCCGUACAACGCACACAACAGCUACCAGCCCCAGUUCCCUUCGUCCGAGAUCGAAAUUCCGGAGAAGUGGAAGGUUCCCUACGGACACGAUGAGACUGCUCCGCCUUGUCCUCGUUGUGCAUCUUCCAACACCAAGUUUUGUUACUACAACAACUACAGCUUGUCUCAGCCUAGGUACUUCUGCAAAGGCUGCCGUCGUUACUGGACCAAAGGCGGCUCUCUCCGCAACAUUCCCGUCGGUGGAGGCUGUCGCAAGAGAAGCAGGAGCAGACACAACAGCAGCCACAAAAGGUUUGGUCGGAACAACGAGAAUCUGCAGCCAGAUGGUGCUAUGAACCAAGACGAUGGGUCUCACUCGAGCCCUGCUGGUUCUGAUAUUGAUCUUGCUGCGGUUUUCGCACAGUACGUGACUAACGGGAGCCCUUCGAGCACAGAUAACACUACCGGAUCUGAUCAGGAUUCACUAACUACUCAUGCUUUAGAUUCCCUGAGUUGGGAUAUCUGCCAAGAAACCGAUGUGAAUCUUGGAUUCUACGGAGAGUUAAACAAUUUAACCGAGAAGAUCCAAGAAGGACUUGGUCAGUUUCUCCAAGAAGAUCAAGAGGAGAUGUUCAAGUUCCAAGGUUUGCUGGAUGACAAAGAGAUUCAAGAGAUCCUGGAAUGCUCAUUCUCAGGGGAGCCAGACCAGUUGAUUUCUCAGGGGAGCUUCAUGAUCAAUGGUGAUAAUUGGAGUUCAACAGAUCUUACAACGUUCGGGAUUUGA